AUGCCCAAACGCAGGAACAGCUUGGAUUACUUUCCCUGCAACAACUGCAAAGACGACAACAACAGUGAUAAUUUUAGAACCUGCACUGUUUUGCCAGGGGUCCGGGCAUGCACAAACUGCAUGGUGCGUGAAAUAGGGAGCAAAUGCGUGUUUGAGAACAAGGUCCAGAGGGCCGGUGCGCCGGCCGCUACGGACAAGGCUUGUGGCGGCAAGAUUCGACGGGCCACGCGCUCUAACGAUGCCAGCAAGGCCACGAACACUUCCUCUACCGGACCUGGUACUCCCAUUAGCGGCGGCACUGCCGAGAAUGGUGCCGGGGGACAAAAAGCACGGGACUUGGCUGGUGCUGCUGUUUCGGCGGGCCAAGGACGUGAUCAGACCGAGGGCAAUGCACUGCCCGUCGCGGGCGAUGAGUUCCAUGCCGAGUUCAACACUCCCAUUGUUGAUGAGGUUGACAGGAGGCGCAGGGACUCGGAGUUCAUGACUAUUGAGCAGAUGGAGAAGGAGUUGAAAGGUUUCUAA